AGAAGAAGCAAACUCUGUAUUUCUUUCAUAAACUGUGAUUUUGUCCGAAUGUACAGCGUUCAGUUCAUGUUCAUGUACACCACUCACUCACAUUCAUUAAUCAUUAUUAUAUAACUAAUCUGCAUGUAACCUCUUAAACUUACACAGAGAGUUUUGCAGGUUUUUCAGAUCUACAGUGAAAAAAUCUGUGCCUAUUCUGCAACUGAAAAGUUUUGGGUUGCUUCUGUUUUUCCAAAAGGUUGUGAUUAUAUAUAGUCCGGGAAUUGGUUUCGACUUCGAAAAGUUGGUAUGAUCAUUCGCUUAGAUGCUUGCUGCGUGGUUUUCAUAUAUCUAUGUAUGAAGUGGAAGUAAACGACACCGAGUUCUGCAAGAUGGAGAAUGAUCAAAAUGAAGAGAUGGAGAUUGAAGUUGUCCCUUCAAUGUGGCCUGAAGAUAUUGAUAGUGAAAAACCUUACAAUAUAGAAAAGCCACGUGGAGAUCAAGAUAUGUUGGAGGAGGUUACAAUAGUCGAGGAGCCAAGUAUAGUCGAUUUUCAUCGUCUGAUAGAGCUAACAAAUUACACUGACAGAGGUUCUUCGCAGCUCGCAUACCUUGUAAAGCAUUGGGAAUAUCAGCAGGCCAAUGCAGUACGCCUUCUUAAGGAAGAGCUCGACUCCCUAAGCCAGCAGAAGCAGGAAGUUGAGCUCAAAAAAUUGGAAAUACUCGAAGAUUUUAGGUUCGACGAGGAAGGUUAUGGUGGUGACAAACGCCCGAUAUCUAUUUUAGAUGAAGUAAUAGAUUUAUAUCAAGUUCUUCCUUUGAGGAAGAAAGAUGUAACUUUUCAAAACAAGAUAGUCAAAAUAGAUGCUGAAUAUGACACUGUUGCAUACUGGAAGCAUAAAGCCAUGGAUUUGGAGAAAUCGUUAGAGGCCAGUAUCCAAAGAGAGCAGAUGCUCAUAGAGAAGUUACAUGAAAGCAUAAAUGAUCUAGAAAGACAAUCAUCACCGGUAGAAGAAUUAUCGCAGAUUCUGAAAAGAGCUGAUAAUUUCUUACAUUUUGUGCUUCAAAAUGCUCCUGUUGUCAUGGGCCAUCAGGACAAAGAGUUAAGAUAUCGCUUUAUCUACAAUCAUUUUCCGCGUUUGGGAGAGGAGGAUAUAUUGGGAAAAACAGAUAUGGAAAUUUUUUCAGGAGCAGGAGUUAAGGAAUCACAAGAUUUCAAGAGAGAAGUUCUCGAAAAAGGAUUGCCUGCCAAGAGAGAAAUUACAUUUGAGACGGAGCUAUUUGGGUUAAAGACCUUUUUGAUCUAUGUAGAGCCUGUAUUUAGCAAGGCAGGGGAAACAAUUGGGAUAAAUUAUAUGGGAAUGGAUGUAACUGAUCAGGUAAGGAAAAGAGAAAAGAUGGCAAAGCUUCGAGAAGAGAUAGCAGUACAAAAAGCCAAAGAAACAGAACUGAAUAAAACAAUCCAUAUAACAGAGGAGACAAUGCGUGCAAAACAAAUGCUAGCAACCAUGUCUCAUGAAAUAAGAUCUCCUCUAUCUGGAGUUGUUAGUAUGGCUGAGAUUCUAUCGACCACAAACCUUGACCGUGAACAAAGACAGCUACUGAAUGUGAUGAUAUCUUCAGGAGAUCUGGUUCUUCAACUUAUUAAUGACAUACUUGACCUUUCGAAGGUUGAGUCUGGUGUUAUGAAGUUAGAAGCUACAAAGUUCCGUCCACGACAGGUUGUCAGGCAUGUUCUCCAAACUGCUGCUGCGUCGUUGCAAAAAGUUCUGACUCUUGAAGGACGUAUAGCCGAUGAUGUUCCUACUGAGGUGAUUGGCGAUGUUCUAAGAAUUCGACAAAUCCUUACCAACUUGAUCAGCAAUGCGAUCAAGUUUACCCAUGAAGGCAAGGUAGGAAUAAACCUUUAUGUGGUAGCAGAUCCAUGUUUUGAAAAAGCAGAAGAAAAUCAUCACAAGUCAUCUGCUGAUCUGUCAACACGAAAAGCAUCAAAAGAGGAAAAUUGCGAAUUAGCAUCUCAAACUAACAAUAAUCAGAAUGGUUCACAUAUCCUUCAUCAAAAUCAUUUGCUUGAUGGCGAACCUAUAACCCCUGGUCGAAAUAAAGUAGCAAAUGGUAACAAAUCGAAGGAGCCACAAUCACAAGAAACAAUAGUGUGGUUACGCUGUGAUGUUUACGACACUGGAAUUGGAAUACCAGAAAAUGCCUUACCUACUCUUUUUAGAAAGUACAUGCAAGUGAGUGCAGAUCAUGCGCGAAAAUACGGUGGGACAGGACUGGGCCUUGCAAUAUGCAAACAGCUGGUUGAGCUGAUGGGUGGCCGUCUUACUGUAUCUAGCCGGGUGAACAAUGGGUCUACAUUUACAUUUAUUUUACCAUACAAGGUAUCAUCAACAUGUGAUUCUUCUGAUGAUGCUGAGGAGCUUUCAGAGAUUGUUGAUCAUGAUGAUGAGAUGGAGGAUGAAGCUACCGGCUUUAUUUCGUUCCAACCGCGUACUUUGGGCUCUCUAUUUUCUUCCAAUGGAUCCACCAGAGGUCAAAAAUUAUUACAACAUAAUAAUAAUUACCCUAAUUGUCAGAAACAGAAUGGUUUCUCCGACAAUCUUUACUCAUUUCCUUCUAACAACAUUAGAUCUAAAGAGACAGGUUCAGUUCAGGAUUCCUGUUCUACAGUUGAAGUUGCCGAGACAUUAUCUGAACCUGAAAGUUCAUAUAGUCACAGCCCGGAACCUGAUAGUGAGAAUUUGGCUUGUAGAAGAAAACAGUUUCGAGAUGAAAGUAAUCGUCAACCGCCACAAAAUGGCUCCACGGAUUCCACUUGCCAUGUAGACUCAAGCAGAGAAGUGGAUGCACAGUCGAAGGAAAUAGAAGCCAACGGAUCAUGCCGGGAUCGCGAGAACUCUAGCAUAAGUUCACAGUCUACAUCCGGAAGUAGUCCACAAGUAACGCCAACGAACUCACAGCCAAAGAUUCUUCUUGUAGAAGACAACAAUGUUAAUGUAAUGGUGACACGUUCAAUGAUGAAGCAGUUAGGACAUACUAUAGAUAUUGUAAAAAACGGUGUUGAAGCUGUGCGUGCAGUUCAUAGCAAUUGCUAUGAUCUCGUUUUAAUGGAUGUGUGCAUGCCAGUUAUGGAUGGUCUUCAAGCCACAAGAUUGAUUCGUUCAUUCGAAGAAACUGGCAGUUGGGAUGGUGCUGUGCAAGCUGGUAUUGAUCUGCAUGCAUCUUCCUCAAGUUCAUUGCCGGAUACUCAAGGCUGUAUGCCUUCUACAAGACGGACCCCUAUAAUUGCGAUGACUGCCAACGCAUUGUCGGAAAGUUCAGAAGAAUGCUACGCCAACGGUAUGGAUUCAUUUAUUUCAAAGCCUGUGACUUUCCAAAAACUGAAAGAUUGUCUAGAACAAUACAUUCCAUAACUUCUCAUGUAAAUGAAUGACAGAGUGAUAGAAUAGUUUUGUAACCAAUGUAACCAUUAGCAUCUAAAUAGAAGUUGUACAAAUCCAUCAAUACCAAAAAAUGUUAUAAACUUUUGGAUCUAAUUGUUCUGAUCUUUCAAAAAAUAGAGAAAUUUCAGAACUCAAUAAAAGAAUACAUGAACAUGUAAUUAGUGGCAUCAAGUAGUGUUUAUA